GGUAGUUGGUGGGCGAAGGAAAACUGUCUGCUUUCUUGCUACCCUUCUAUCUCUGUUUAUAAUGUCAUUGCUUCUGGCAGAUGUUGAAGCUUUUGGUUAUCCAUCAACUGUGAUGCCACCCGUCUCGUGGAUUAACAGCGUCCCAACUGACUUCAAUUUUUGGGAAUCAGCGGGAGAGAGACCUAUCUUGGUUAAUGGAGUUUUGUUUGUGGCUUCCACUGCAAAUUUGAAGGAACCGCCUGCCUCUUUGCUAAACAAUGAGACGGUUUGGCAAUCUUUUGAUCAUCCGACAGACUCUUUGGUUAUUGGGCAGAGGCUAGUUUCUGGACAGAAAUUAGUGGCACGUAUUUCAGCCACAAAUUGGAGUGAGGGUUUAUAUUCGUUUUCAAUUGAUGAUGACGGUUUUGUAGCUUCUGCGGGGUCAGAUGCUACCAUAGCAUAUUACCGAUUCUUUAUGUAUCCAACAAGAAGCCAAACGGGGCAGUUUUAUGCUGAGCUCACGAAAAUAAGUUUUGGUCUCUUUUUUCCAGGAUCCGGAGUAAGUUUCAUACAGUUAGGUUGUGAUGGGCACUUGAGGUCCUUCGGGUGGGUAGAAUCAAACUGGAAGGAAGUCAAGGAUUUCAUUGGGGAUCAACUCAAUCGAUGUGAUUACCCACUGGCCUGCGGAAGAUAUGGAAUUUGUCUAGAAGAAGGAUGUAGUUGCCCAGAACCGGUUGAAAAAAAUGGACCUAUGUAUUUCAGGCGGAUAAAUCCUUCACAGUCAAGUCUUGGGUGUUAUCCAGAUAAUCCAAUAUCUUGUGAGUCUCCUCAAUGGCAGAGUCUUCUUGAGCUGAAGGAUAUAGAUAACCCUGGCCUGUCAGUUUUGAACUCUCUUGCUUAUAUCCCAACAGACAUAGAGGGCUGCAAGAGAGCCUGUUUAAAGAACUGUUCUUGCAUGUGCAGAAUUUUCCAAUUCCACAAACAAAUCAUUCGUCACCAACACAGAUUCCACAAAGAGAGAAAAGACAGAAUGUAGGAGUUGUAGUUGGAUUUGCUCUUGGAGUCACUUUUAGUGUGCUUCUUAUCUGCACCUUUUUUUCACUUCAAAUUAAUAACGAUGCAGAGGAUGUUGAGGAGGAUUAUUUGGGCCACAUAUCAGGAGUGCCCAUGAGAUUCUCUUACGAAGAGUUACGAGUUGCAACCAACAACUUUAGCAACAAGCUCGGAGAGGGAGGGUUCGGUUGUGUUUUCCAAGGAACAUUACCUUCUGGUGUUCAAAUUG